GCAGCAAAACAUUGUAUAUAAACGUAACAACACCACAACCCCUUGAACUGCUGAGCGGAAACCCUAGCUGCUGUUUAAACGCCGCCGCAGAUUCAAGGAUCUGACUGAAGAUGAAGUUCAACAUUGCCAAUCCCACCACUGGGUGCCAGAAGAAGCUCGAGAUUGACGAUGAUCAGAAACUUCGAGCGUUCUAUGACAAGAGGAUCUCACAGGAAGUUAAUGGAGAUGCCCUUGGAGAGGAAUUCAAAGGUUACGUCUUCAAAAUCAUGGGAGGUUGUGACAAGCAAGGGUUCCCAAUGAAACAAGGAGUUUUGACUCCAGGGCGUGUUCGCCUUCUAUUGGUCAGAGGAACACCGUGUUUCCGAGGGUAUGGAAGAAGGAACGGAGAGAGGAGGAGGAAGUCAGUACGUGGUUGCAUUGUCAGCCAAGACCUUUCGGUUUUGAAUUUGGUGAUUGUGAAGAAGGGAGACAACGAUCUUCCUGGUUUGACUGAUGUGGAGAAACCAAGAAUGAGAGGUCCAAAAAGGGCGUCAAAGAUUCGCAAGCUUUUCAACCUUUCAAAAGAGGAUGAUGUUAGGAAGUAUGUUAACACAUACCGAAGAACAUUCACCAACAAAGCUGGUAAGGAGGUGAGUAAAGCACCAAAGAUUCAAAGGUUGGUGACUCCAUUGACUUUGCAAAGGAAGAGGGCGAGAAUUGCUGAUAAGAAGAAGAGAAUUGCCAAGGCAAAGUCGGAGGCUGCUGAGUAUCAGAAGCUGCUUGCAAGCCGAUUGAAGGAGCAGAGGGAGAAGCGAAGUGAGAGUUUAGCUAAGAAGAGAUCCAGGCUUUCUACUGCAUCUAAGCCAUCUAUUGUGGCUUAGGUUUUAUGUUGUUUUUGAUUUACAACAUGUUUUUGUCAUAAUUUUGAUCAGAUGUUUUUUGGAUUUUUGUUUUGAUGUUCAACUCUACUUUAUUGUUGGAUGUUAUUAUUGUUAAAGUGAGGCUGUUUGGACUAUAUGUUAUGGCUUUUGGCAUUUUGAUGUUGCAGUGCUCAAGUUAAAGGCAGUGAUAUCUCAGCAUGAAUUUCUUGUUGUCUACUAAAAAGCUCAAAUAUUAAAUAAAAAAGAACUUGUUAUUUGAUGAUAAAUAGUCAAAAGCUUAAUUUUUAGAUUAAAAUUUAAAUGGCUUUUUCCAGGGUGUGUAACUAGGUAGCUAUUUAUGUCC